GCGAAAACGUCCCGCACUUGCCAGUGUAUGCCGGGAGACCGAAAGACGAAAGUGAUAAGUAGUGUGUAGUGUUCUCCGUUCCGAUAACCGAAAACAGCAUGGCAGCAACCAAGAUUGCGGAAGUCGGUGGCAUUAAGGUCGGCAAGCUGUUGAUUGAGGGCAAAACGAAGCAGGUGUACGAUGUGCCGAGUCUUCCGGGACACUCAAUCUUGCUCAAUAAGGACCGCAUCACAGCCCACAAUGGGGUGCGAGCGCACGAGCUGGAGGGCAAGGCAAAGAUCUCCAAUCAGACCAACGCGAAGGUGUUUACGCUGCUGAACCAGGCCCAUCUUCCAACCGCGUUCGUCCGCAUGGUGUCCGAUACAGCGUUCCUGGCACGCCAGUGCGAAAUGGUGCCGAUCGAGUGGGUUACCCGUCGGCUGGCAACCGGUUCGUACCUGAAGCGCAAUCCGGGUGUCAGCGAAGGUCACCGUUUCGCCCCGGCUAAGGUCGAAACAUUCUUCAAGGACGAUGCGAACGACGAUCCCCAGUGGAGUGAAGAGCAGAUCGUAUCCGCCGGUUUCACCGUGAACGGGGUCACAAUCGGUCAAGAUGAGGUUGAUAUAAUGCGGCAAACGACGCGGCUCGUGUUUGAGAUCCUGGAGAAAGCGUGGGCAACGCGAGACUGUGCCCUAAUUGACAUGAAAAUUGAGUUCGGUGUCGACGCGGAAGGUCAACUGCUGGUGGCCGACGUUAUUGAUUCCGACUCCUGGCGCCUCUGGCCAUCGGGCGACAAGCGGCUCAUGGUAGACAAGCAGGUGUACCGUAAUCUGGCCAACGUCACCGCGGCGGAUCUGGACACCGUCAAGCGUAACUUUGCGUGGGUUUCCGAACAGCUCGACGCCAUUGCCGCCCCAAAGGAUCAUCUCGUCGUCAUCCUGAUGGGUAGUGCCUCCGAUGCCGAACACUGUGAGCGGAUUGCAAAGCACUGUCAGCGGCUCGGGUUGAACACGGAACAGCGCGUCACUUCAGCGCACAAGGGCACGCAAACGACACUGCACAUCGUCAGCGAGUACGAGAGUGUGCUGAGCAAACUGGUGUUUAUCACGGUUGCCGGGCGUUCGAACGGUCUCGGGCCGGUACUGUCAGGGAACACCAACUAUCCGGUAAUUAACUGCCCACCGGUGAAGGCCGAAAACGUUACCCAAGAUGUUUGGUCUAGCCUAAACGUGCCAUCCGGCCUCGGUUGCGUGACGGUACUCUAUCCGGAAGCGGCCGCCUUACAUGCCGCACAAAUCCUCGGAAUGGACAACUUUCUUGUCUGGAGCAAGCUGCGCGUAAUGCAGCUCAAAAACUACGUAAACUUGAUUCGCGCCGACAAGGAAGUCAGGGGGGUACACAGUGCCUAAUCCGGCCGCAAAUUUUUAACAAUCUCCUAAAUAAUUGCACCAUGCACCUAUGAUUUCGCUAACGUUUAAUAAAUAACAACCACCAAAAAACCAUAUUUUUUUUAUAGAAAAAUACAUACCACAUUAGUGGUGAAACAGA